ACAGGCUCGAGAGAUGAAUAAUAUUUAAGAACAGUUUCUUAGAACUUGAUUCCCUCAACCAUAUCCAGCCAUGCCCUCAUGCAAGCAAGCAACGCCAAUUACAUUCAUUGCCAGUGCCGCAUGGCUAAGCUCAUUGCUACAGGGCUGCCAACCUGCUGCACUGCAGAAACACCAAGAGAUUGUCUAUCCCAUGGUCUUUGAUGGGCGCGAUGAAGGCACAAGAGUCCUCAAACUAAACGACAAGAUAAUUUUGAACCUAAAGCCAAGCUCAAUUCUUCAUGAGGACUUUGUUCUUCGAACUUAUCGUCAUGGCGUACCGGAGCAUGUAUACUAUGAUGUCAAAGCUUUGGAAGAAGGUUUGUACCACGACGACAAACACCUCGCGUCAGUUAUGCUUUCUGAAGAUGAAAUGUCCUUGAAAGUGAAUGGUGUGGUUGGACCGAAUCUUAGGAUUAGGCCAUUGGAAGGAAUGGAACGAACAAGUGAAGGUCAUUAUGCGCAUCUUUUGGAACCCAUUGAAACAGAACAGUAUAAUGUGCAAACUGUGCUUGGAGAGCGUUUAGAGCCAAGCAACGUAACAUCUGAGCGCGCAGGAAGCAUAUACGACGUUGAAAUUGUAUUUCCGGAAGUUGCUGUAGUUGUCGAUGCCACAUUCAUGGCUGGCUUCAGGACACGAAAAGAAAUGAUGAAAUACAUCAUGAUUGAAUAUAAUUGUAUUAACAUACGCUAUCGUACCGUAUCUAGGCCGAAAAUGCGAAUUUGGUUGCGUUCGAUAUACAUAACAGAGAAAAGCAAAGAGACUUACUUUGCGCACCUAUAUGGAAAUGUUAUUGACGGCUUAAAGUCGCUCUACAGCUUAGUCGAAUUUGUUGAUAAGGAAAAAACUAGGUAUGAAAAGUAUGACAUCAUCUUUUUCGUUACUGGGCAUGAUAUGGCAGCAGUGGAAGGUUCUAGAGUCGAAACAGUACUACAAGGCUUCGCAUUUGUUGGAUCAGUGUGCUUGAAAACAAGAGUUGGCCUCGGUGAAGAUAGAGCCAAUACAUUUACUGGAAUCAGAAUAAUGGCUCACGAACUAGCACACACUUUGGGAUGCUCACAUGAUGGAACAGCUGUAGAUGCCCACAUAACGGGCAUCAAGUCGGACUCAGUUCGGUGCCCCUGGGAGCAAGGAUACUUGAUGAGUUAUAUUGAAGAAAACUCCAACAGCAUGAAGUUUUCCUCAUGCUGCGAUUAUUCGAUGUCGCUGGUGGCAUGGUCUACAAAGAUUAACUGUUUGCAUAACAUAUCCACGAAAAAUCAUAUUGAAAAAAAGUACAACACAUCGAGAAUUCCAGGAGAUAUUCUAGGUCGAAAUAAGCAAUGUAGAAUGACAUAUCCCACUCUUAAAACGACAUACUUCAUAGAGAAAUUUGGAAUUGUGAACUGCAUCGCACAGUGUUUUGUACGAGGAGCGGAGUUCCAAGCGUCAGAUUCUCACUGGCCGAUGAUUAUCAUCGAUGGUACACCGUGCAACAAAGACAAGACAUAUAUAUGCCUAAAUGGAGACUGCAUGCCUAAAGAAAGACGAUGGCGUUAUCAGUCUUGGGCAGAAUAAAUGCAUAUGCAGAGGAAA